AUGUCCCAAACAACCUCGUCAUGGCCGUGGUUCUACCAUCUUUUUUUUUCGGUCCCCAGCGUCUCCACUUCCACUCUUCCGGAAAGGGAAGGUCUUGCACUACCUCAUAUUCAUGCCCAGGAAGGCAACUGUUUCCGUCGUACUUGGAAACGUCUCCUGGAUGGUCACUGUGGCAUCGUCAAUGUCAACCAUCGCGAUGCCAGGUUUGCAGAUCUGCCAUGUCAGAUCGCAGCAGUGGUGCCGCAAGGUGCACGAAAGGAUGGAUGUUGGACGGCUUCGGAGUGGUUAAGUCGAGAUGAGGAGCGCAAAAUGGCUCGGUUCGCUCAGUAUGCCAUGGCUGCGUCAGAAGAAGCUCUCGAAGACUCGGGCUGGAAGCCUACAGAUUUUGAACAACGAGAAGCUACUGGAGUCUGCCUUGGGUCAGGCAUUGGCAACUUUGAUGAGAUUUACGACACAGUUGUUGCAUAUGACAAGGGGGGCUACCGCAAAGUAUCACCUUUGUUCGUACCGAAGCUCCUGAUCAAUCUCGGGGCUGGACACAUCUCCAUGAGGUAUGGAUUCAUGGGUCCAAAUCACUCAGCAACAACGGCUUGUACAACUGGGGCUCAUUCUAUAGGCGAUGCUGCCCGCUUCAUCGCGUUCGGUGAUGCAGAUGUGAUGUUGGCCGGCGGAGCAGAGUCUUGUAUUCAUCCGCUAGCAGUCGGAGGUUUUGCUCGAGCCCGCAGUUUGGCUACGAGCUUUAAUGAUUCGCCUGAAAAGGCAUCAAGACCGUUUGACUCGGAUCGUGAGGGUUUUGUGGUCGGUGAAGGCGCGGCAAUGUUGGUCUUGGAGGAACUCGAACACGCAAAAGCAAGAGGAGCUCGAAUCUAUGCCGAAUUGAGAGGCUACGGCUGUUCUGGUGAUGCACAUCAUAUGACAGCACCUAAGGAGAACGGCGAGGGCGCAUUUCUAGCCAUGAGGAAAGCUCUGAAAAACGCUGGACUCCCACCUUCCGCGGUCGACUAUGUCAAUGCACAUGCCACCUCGACCGUGGUCGGAGAUGCAGCAGAAAACGCUGCCAUCAAGUCCUUGCUCCUGGGACCGGGAGGAAAGCAACGGGCGACGGAGGUUAACAUUAGUAGCACCAAGGGAGCCGUCGGCCAUUUGCUCGGUGGUGCAGGCGCCAUUGAAGCCUUGUUCUCGAUUCUCGCCGUUAACGAGAAUGUGAUGCCACCUACAAUCAAUCUGGAGCGGUUGGCUGAUGGGUUUGACUGCAACUAUGCCCCGAAACAGGCCCAGGAGCGCACCAUUGACGUGGCUUUAACAAACAGUUUUGGAUUUGGAGGAACGAACAGUAGUUUGUGCUUCUCGAAGCAUGCAGGGUAGGCGGAUUGUAUAUCAUAUGAUAUUGGCG